AUGUCCAAUUUACCUGAACUGCCGUCCGGGUUUGGACGGGACUCGGCGUAUCCGCCGAUGCCGACUAGGCACACUGAUCAUGGAGCAAAAAAGCAUCAGUCUGCAGCGCCUCGUCCUGCUUUUAUGGUGUCACCUCCUAAUGAUCUCACCGGCGUGGGAGGGGGCAUGCCGCGAUCGUCAUCACACAACGAUAUUUUGCAAGCGGAUGCUCCAGUCGCAGUAUUGAACAGUGAUACUAGCGCAAACACGAAUAUACCAGGAACGUCACGUAUUCUUCGUCGUCCCCGGAGCUUCCAACCUCUUGCACCUGAGACAGUAGCUGCUCCAACCAUUCAGCCAGUGCCUGCCCCUAUAGCAUCACCACCUCCUCAGCAAGAGCCAAUUGUACAGCGACAGGCAGCGCACGAGGUGCAGCAUCGUGCACGAUCAAGAGUCGAAGCCCAAGCCCAAGCACGAGACGCGCAGGUCCACGAAGCCGGUACCCGAGAAAGGCAUGAACGCGGAACACAGGAAGUCCAGGCAGCAAAUACGGCGUCGCUGCCUACCAUCCGCGUGUCACUGCCCGAUACAAAUUCGUUGAGGGAGCAGCGUGAACGAACGAUGUCGACCAAUAAUGAGCUGGACAAGCUUCGAUGGUCUGUCCAAGUGCUCAAGUUUGUCGAGCGAAUGCGGGCGAGUGAAACAGAAACUGACGAGAGUGUGCAAAUUUGGAUCGAAGAGGCCAUCACAGAGAUCGUACAGUGUGCGUCACAUCCGCAGCCCAAGCCUGAGGCACUGUACGCCCGCGGAGACCUGCUUGCGAGUGGGGCGUUUCCCACGUACGUUUCCAAGGAUCUGCGAUCAGCGUUCAGUGACUUUGAGCGCUCGGCCCGAAUGGGAUGGGCACCAAGUUGGUUCCGUAUCGGUCGCGACUAUGAGAUGCUGGGCGACAUUGCCCGCGCGCGUGCAGCAUACGGGCGCGGUGUGAAUCUGAGUGAUGUGGGGUGCAUGUACCGUAUCGGCAUGGCAAAGAUGCUUGGCCAGCUCGAGGUACCAGAGGAUAUGCCUGGAGGUGCAUCGCUCUUGCAAGCCGCAGCUGAUGCAUCGACGGUAGAUACACCGCACCCUGCCUAUGUAUACGGCCUGAUUUUAACAGGCGAGCUCCCCAGCGUGCCUAUACCCUUGGAAUACUUCGCCUCGCCAGAACAUCCGUCACCCACAUACGAAACACUUAUGCCAUUGGGGCGUGAGUAUCUGCAGCGUGCUGCGUAUCUCAACCUGCCGGCGGCGCAGUCCAAGUGCGGCUGGUGUUAUGAGCAUGCCCAACUCAGCUUCCCAUUUGAUCCCUUAAUGAGCGUGCAGUAUUACAGUGCUGCGAGUCAGGGCGGCGAGCCUGAGGCCGACAUGGCACUGAGCAAGUGGUUCCUCUGUGGUGCCGAGGGAUGCUUUGACAAGAACGAAUCUCUCGCGUGGACCUUUGCGGAGCGCGCUGCCAAGCACCGCAUCCCCACAGCCGAGUUCGCUAUGGGCUACUAUCUAGAAGUGGGUAUCGGCACGAAGAUCGACCUGGUGGCAGCUCGAGCGUGGUACGCUCGAGCUGCCGCUCAGGGCAACACUGAUGCUGCACAGCGCCUUGCUGCGUUAGAAUCUUCCCAGUCCGAAGCUCUUUCUCGAGCGCAGCAUCAAGCGCACCUCAAUGAGCGGCUGUACUCGGCGCAUCAAGAGGCGCGCAAAGGUUUACGGGAAACUCAACCCACACGAGGCGAUUUGGCUCGACGCCGCACGCUCAUGAUGGCCGAGGCGAGUGCUCAGCGUCGUCGCGCCCCACGGGAUGCACGCGCUCCGCCUGUGACGUCACAGAACCUGCACAUCCCAUCCCUACCAGCUACUGCUCGUCCCAUGCGGGCCCCACAGUCCUUUAGCGACAUGGGUUACCAGCCCAGGAACGACAAGGACUGCGUCAUUUGUUGA